CGUUAUUUUCUACAACAAGGUAUUGCUAGGUAUUGAAUCAGUAAAAACUGAAAUUGACAGUACAUUGAGCUCGGCACCACUCGAUCAUCAUUCUGUGCAUGGUGCUGGUGGCUGGACAGGAUUUCAAUAUCAUGAAUACAUCGUUUAUCGAUAUGGUCAAGCGUUACCGUACCUGAAAAUAACGUAUACAGCACCGGAAUCAACAUAA